AUGGACUUCCGCGGCUUGGCCAGCUCCAACGACGCCGAGUGCAGGUGGAAGCUCAAGAAGUCGCGCGGGUCCUUCACGACGUACGCGCGACAGCCUGCGGCAUUGCUCGUGCCUGAGACCGAUACGGCCGGCAAGGGCCGAUCGACGCAGCAGGUUUUGGCCGCUGGAGAGAUCCGCUGCCACCUGCAGGAGGUGGUGCAUGUGCUGAACACGGCCACCGAUUUCGACCACAACGCCGUCAUGAGCGGCUUGUACCGGAAGGACUUCAUCUAUGGUUCGGUGGUGCACGUGGUUCCUAUGGGGGAUGGCCCCAAGCUGGCCGAGCUGCUCCAGGAGCAGGUGUCGACGACCACGCGGGUGGCCGUGAAGACGGGCACCUUCGUGCACAGCAAGAUGUUCUCGCCCAACGAGCAGUGGUGCUACCUCGAGCGCGCGCAGCUCGUCCGUGACUCGUUGGACGAGAAGGAGCUCGAGGCGGGCAAAGUGAAUGGCCACGGCCGAGUCAACAUGCUCCACAACAUGAAGGCAGGGUAUCUGGUCGAGCAGCUACGCGGCAGUCGCUUCGUCCGCGUAAUUUUCUUCGGCCAGUUCGACGGUAAUAACGACGCGGAUGCACCUGGCCACGCUGGCCAAUCUCAAAUGCGCGCUCGCCUCAUGCGGCUGGCCGAGGGGGCCACGCGGCUACCGGAAGUGGUCAUUCGACGCCGGUUUGGGGCGCAGACGAUGGCCGACCGAGCGGCCUUCCCCGCGAAGAACUCGCACUGCAUCUGCUGCACCAAGUCGCUGCGUCUGCUCACUCGCAAGCAUCGGUGCCACCUUUGCGGUCACUACGUUUGCGAUCGCUGCUGGUCGGUACAGGAAAUGGAGACGCAGACCACGCGUUGCAUCACGCCCGUGCGCGUGUGCUCACGGUGUAUGGAGUUCGUGGAAAAUGGAGACUACUCCGCUGUGAAGCCAAGCUCGCUAGGAAAUAUUGAGGUGAGGCGGGGCCCUGUGAGUGAACCGCCAGCUAACAAGACACUGGCCCACCUGCUGCGAAGGCAGUUGCGGGCGUCAUCAGGGGCUCGGAAGAACUCCGUCCGUACGGUGAUCCAGUAUCUCGUU